AUGGUUUGCCGAAUUCGUUUGCAGCGUAUGGGCGUCAAGAACAAUCCCAUCUACCGUUUGGUGGUGGUAGACUCUCGUCGUUCUGUUUCAUCGGGAAAUAUUGUUGAGAAAAUUGGAGUUUAUGAUCCGAGAGCAAAGAGUAUGAAUUACAUGUUUUUCCAGGAGGCUUUGAAUCCACAAGAUAAAUUCAAGACUUGUUAUAUUGAUAUUGAUAGAGUCAAGUAUUGGCUCGGCCAAGGUGCCCAACCAUCAGAGCAUGUUUUAAAGUUGUUGGCCAAUAUGGGAUUGGCUCCUCCAAAACCUCAAGUUAUUCCGAAAGGAUGGGACCCAAAGGUGUGGGAUGAAAGUUUCAAACAAGCACACUUGUAUUGGAAGAGGAAGAAUAAGAUUGAAGAACAACUCUAA